CUUGAAACUCCAGCACGUAGCUUGAGCCUUGAGGCUUGAGCCUUGAUCCCAGUACUUUCUACAGGUGUCUGAUGCUGCAGUCAAGAAAGCAUGAUGGCGCCUUCAACAUGAUUGCAGGCUGAAGCCACUGAAAGUCUGCACUUGCUCAAAGAGUACCUCAGAAGGUGCAGACCCCUUGACAACGAAAGCUAGAGGCUUGAGGUCGUCUAGGACGGUUCAGAUGCUUCUUUAGGAGCAUUGCUAACUAGAGUGAUGUUGCGCGGAGGAGUCAACAUCAAGCUGUGCAGAGGGGGAAACUUCCUAAACCUCGAUGUAGAGUGAAGCUUGCCGCAAGUCCGUCAUUUUAAUAAACUCUGUAUAGGAGUGUCAAGUGAAAAGAGACGGAAGAAAAAAGCGGACCACAUUAUGUCUCGGACAAUCUUCGAGAUCCAGAAGUUUUGGGACAUCUUGCGCUAUACGGGGUUCGGGCUGGGCUGCUUCACAGCAAGCUACAUGUACUGCAACGUCAGCACACGGGCGAACGUACCUCGGCAGGGCAUCUCCUAUAGUACAUACCCUGCAGGAACCGAGCUCCUUUUCAACGUCGGCCAGCUCUACAAAGAGGCGCUCGGGAAGGUGUUCGAUGAGGAAGAGUGGGGCCCCGUCGAGUGGGCCAUCAUGGCCAAGCACUAUCAGCGGCAGGGCGAGCCCAGCUACGCCCACCACGCAGCGUACAUGGUGCAUUUGGCCUCUAAAGGGAAAGUCAAGCCAGACGAUGUAGGAGACUAGCGGAGGUGACUUCGUGGCGAGCAUGCUGCUUCGACGUGCUUAAUGUACACGAUGGGACUUCUGCUGUCAAAAAAGGAAGUGAUCAGCUCGCAUUGAUCCCCUCCGAAUUUAUGGUAGUGUUGGUAACGGACAUGGUCGAUGCACUACCUCACAAGUCAAACACAGAUUGCUUGUGUUGCACGUACGGGGUCGUCGUACUUGGGUCUUUGUCUGCUAAGCCCUUGCAAGUUCAUACAGAGUUGAAAUGUGCUGCAAGAGGAAUCAACGUCGAAUGCCUUCACAGAUGUAAAGGCCAGCCAGUGGCAUACGGAAGUUGACUGCAAGCUAUCUAUUCAAUUACUUACGUCUCUCAUGAGCGUCAUAUUGAAUGCAAGUUUGAUCCGAC